AUGAUUGACGACCUCAUCACUGCCUUUGACAUGUCCAUUUGGAUAGGCCUGAACUGUGGUUCGUCCUUUGAACGUGCCGUCUGCCUGCGUGUGCGGCAGUUGCUGCUUGGUGAUCGAAUGGCGUUGCGCACGGCGUCCAUUGCCAAGCAGCACAGGACCGCUGACGAGGAUGAUCGCGAGGACUAUGAACAGCUUAUAAAGGUCUUUGCGCAGGCGGCAGUCAGGCCUUGGAUGUAUUGCUUGGCUAUUGAGAAGACGAAUGCACCCAGCGCUCGCUACACCGCCGCCUUUGAAAGACUCGGCAACGACCCGGAGUGUCUGUUGGGUUUCCAUACGUUCUACGACAUUCUGAUGGACGACCACCAAGAUUUCGCAGCCGACGUCAUGGCACAGGUGCGUGUGACCAUGGAUGAUAGCAGGCGCAUCAACUCGAUUUCCACAGACACUCAAGAUGGCGACAAUCAGUCUGUCCAUAACCUGCCCACGUCCGUCGACCAUGUCAUUUAUAGCGAUCCUCUCGUGCCUGCUGAAGGCAACGUGAGACCUCAAUUCUUCAGGAUUUGA